CACCACGACCUUUCAUGCGGCGAAUAGAGAGCCGCUGCAGCUACUAAACAGGCGUUUACUCAGUUUAUAAUGUUUAUAUCAGUUUAUCUUUAGAGGGGCAUUGAUUACAUGUGUCUGUGGAAGAAAACGGAACCGAAAUGCUUCGUGUGUCUGUGGUAGUUUUUGGCAGAGGAGCCGCGAGAAGGUUUGCCUCAUCGUUCUCCAGUGAAAGCGCUCUGCCGUCCAAUUUACUGCUGCCUACAAACCUCGUGGAUCCUUCCAGAUUAAAGCGACCGCCACCUCCUGCAGACAGCUCCCUGCCUGUCCUGAGGACGUGCAAUGCUGUCGUUCCUUCUCACCUGAGCCCCGUCCACACGUGGGUGGAGACUCUGGAGAAGCCGGACAGCGAGCCGCUGGGUGUGGCUCAGCUCCACCCCGACGUCUUCUCCGUGCCUCCUCGGCUCGAUAUUCUGCACGCAGUUGAGACGUGGCAACGAGCUUUUAAAAGGAUCAGUCACGCCAGCACAAAGAUCAGGUCGGAGGUCAGAGGAGGAGGCAAGAAACCAUGGCGACAGAAGGGAAGUGGACGAGCUCGCACCGGAAGUAUCCGAUCACCGUUAUGGAGAGGAGGCGGUGUGGCUCAUGGACCCAGAGGACCGACCAGUUUCUACUACAUGCUGCCCAUGAAGGUUCGAGUGCAGGGACUCAAGGUGGCGCUGAGCUCCAAGAUGGCUCAGGACUACCUUCACAUCGUAGACUCCCUGAACAUCCCUUCACCCGACCCUCAGUACCUGCUGGACCUCAUCAAACAGAGACACUGGGGAGCGUCUGUGCUAAUAGUCGAUGUAGGUGAAGAGUUUCCUGAAAACAUCCUGCAGGCCACAGCGAGUUUAAAGACGGUGAACAUUAUUCCAGCAAUCGGUCUGAAUGUCCACACCAUGCUGAAACACGAAGCCAUCAUCCUCACGCUAGAAACGGUCAAAUUUUUGGAAGAAAAGCUGCUUUGGCACGACGAGCGUUACACACCUCUGUACCCCUUCAAACUGCCGUACUCAGACCUCCCAUAAGAUGUAAUAUAUAUAGUGACGAGCGAGACUUUUGUUUUCUUUGUGUUUUAUUAUGUUUAACAAAAAAAAUUCAUUAAUAAAUAAUGCUGAUGAUAA